AUGGUUGAGUGUGGGGUUCUGUUGGAAACAUCCUGGCUCGGCGGUGGUGAGAGCACCGCAGGAGGAGGCCAGGUUGUCGUUGUGGUCCAGCUGGCGGCGACGGCGGCGGCAGGAAAACACUGCGAAGGAUAUUCUCCAGCACUGUUGAUGAUAUCCCCUGAACAGCUCUGGGUGGGCCAGCAGAAGAAACACCAGAACCAGGCCUAAUAUACACCAUUCCCAUCUUAUGGUAGUACAAAAAAGUCUUGGGGUGCUGGAAGGUCUUGCGGUCCAUUUGGAAAGUUUGCCGCUCCAGUGCCAAAACAAGACGGAAAUAGACACAUGGGAAUGCAGCACGGAUCUAUAGAGUUGGCUUGUCCAACAGACAAACAGUUAAAGAAUAUAGAACCAAAAAUGAUACAGCUUGUUGUGCAAGAGAUCAUGACCGUGGUGGACCAUGGGCCUCCAGUGGAUUGAGAUGACGUUGCUGGAGUUGAGUCUGCAAAAGCAAUAAUUAAAGAGAUAGUAGUGUGACCCACAUUGAGUCCUGACACUUUCACUGGUUUACAGGGUCUUGCAAAAGGAAUUCUUCUGUUUGGUCCUCUGGGGACAGGGAAGAUGCUUAUCGGCAUAUCUAUUACAUGCCAGUGUGGGGCUACAUUUUUUAGUGUCAGUGCCUCUUCACUGACCUCCAAGUGGGUAGGUGAGGGAGAAAAGAUAGUCCGUGCAUUAUUUGCUGUGGCCAUGCCAGCAGUAAUUUUCAUUGAUGAAAUUGAUUAUCUCUUGUCCCAGCAUGGAGAUGGGGAACAUGAAUCUUCUAGAAGAAUAAAAACUGAGUUCGUGGUUCAGUUAGAUGAAGCAACAACCUCUUCUGAAGACCACAUACUAGUUGUAGGAGCAACCAGUUGGCUACAAGAGAUUGAUGAGACUGCCUGAAGGACACUGGUGAAGAUAGUGACUUGUCUGAUAUCAAAGGAAAAUUGCUCCCUAAUGGAAGUGGAUCUCAUUGUUAAAAAAUCAGAUGGAGUUUCUGGAGCUGAUAUGACCCAGCUUUACAGAGAGGCAUCUGAGCAAGUACAAUCUAUAGUUUUUCAAGUUAUUGACAGUGUUUUAAAAACUGCGCCUUCCAAAGAUAUGGAAUUGCAUGAUAUCUGGAAGCAAACAUUUGGAUGUGGAAGAUAG